AUGUCAGUGUCCAUCCCACGGAAACUAUGGGAGCACCCAAACCCCGAUUCAACAACCAUGGGCCGGUUCCGGCGAGAGCUGGAACAGUCAACCGGACAGCGAUUUAAUGUAAGACUCCAGUUAUCAGCCGAAACAACUGAAUAUCUAACGUGCAAUGAAAUUGAUAAGGGAUUCUAUGAUAUGUACCUGCAUUCCAUUCAAAACCGCACGGAGUUCUGGGCCUUUUGCUGGAAGUAUUUCCAGAUUAUUCAUGAAGGAACCUACACGCGGAUCGUGGAUGAGUCCGCGCGUAUGGACAGCAUUCCAGAGUGGUUCGCUGGUGUCAAGCUCAAUUUUGCCGAAAAUAUGCUCUUCUCCAGCAAUGGGAACACAAUCGGAAAAGAAGACCACAAGGUUGCAGUCACCGAGGUGCGAGAGGGUGCUAAUAAAGAUGCCGUUCAUUUGACCUGGGGAGAAUUGCGAAAGAAAUCUGGAGUUUUGAUCCAAGCGAUGAAGGCUAAUGGGGUCGUGCGUGGCGAUCGAAUCGCGGUUUGUUCGGCGAACAGUAUCGACACAUUGCUGGUUUUCGUUGCGACCACGGCUCUCGGAGCAAUUUUUUCAUCUAGCUCUACUGAUAUGGGUGUCAAGGGGGUUUUGGAUAGACUGUUGCAGAUUAAGCCGCGAUUUCUGUUCAUGGAUGACUAUGCCGUUUAUAACGGGAAGACGAUUGACCUUCGGGACAAGAUGAAGGACAUUGUUCAAGGCAUGGGUUCUGUGUCGGAGUUCCAGGGAGUGGUUUCUCAACCACGAUUCCCCGAAAAGCCAGCGGAUAUACGCUCCAUUCCGAGAGCUUGUACUCUGGCAGAAUACCUGGAAAAAGCAGCUGGAAACGAUAGUCUUGAAUUUGAGCGCAUUCCCUUUCGGGAUCCGUUUCUGGUGGUUUACUCAUCUGGCACAACAGGACAACCAAAGUGCAUAGUCCAUUCGGUUGGUGGUGUUCUAAUAAACGCCCACAAAGAGGGCGGCUUGCAUAUGGAACUUGCAUCGGAUAGCGUUGUGCUACAGUAUACGACAACUGGGUGGAUCAUGUAUCUCACUGCGAUGCAAACGCUCCUGUUCGGCAGUCGAGCCGUACUCUACGAUGGCAGUCCCUUUGUGCCGGAUGCUAGAGCAUUAGUGGAUUUAGCAGCUCAAGAAAGGGUCACACAUUUGGGCAUCUCCCCACGCUGGUUACAGGAGCUGGAGCGAGCCCAGCUCAAGCCCCGUGAACUAGUAGAUCUCAGCUCCCUUCGCGUGGUGACCAGUACCGGCAUGGUGCUACGAGAUGCAUUGUUCGAGUGGUUCUACGAUCAUGGAUUCCCAUCGCAUGUUCGCUUGAAUAAUAUUUCAGGAGGCACAGACAUCGCCGGUUGUUUCGGCUGUGGAAAUCCUCUUGUGCCGGUAUACGUUGGAGGGUGUGCAGGUUUCAGCUUAGGAGUGCCAGUGGAGGUAUACGAUUCGACCAUCGAAGGAGACGGCGUGAGGGGGAUACCAGCAAUCGAUGGAGAGCCAGGCGACUUGGUGGCCACAGCUCCAUUCCCUAAUAUGCCUACACAGUUCUGGGGAGAUCAAAGCGGCAAAAAGUAUCACGACGCUUAUUUUGGGAGGUUUAAUAACGUCUGGACCCACGGCGAUUUCGUAUCGAUCCACCAAGUCACCAAGCAACUUAUCUUCCACGGCCGCUCUGACGGGGUCCUCAACCCAUCUGGAGUUCGAUUUGGCUCUGCGGAGAUUUAUAGAGUGAUUGAAGGCUUUUUUUCAAACGAGAUCGUCGAUUCCAUCUGUGUGGGACAGCGGCGACCAACCGACAGCGAUGAACGGGUGAUGCUCUUCCUGCUAAUGAAGCCCGGGGUUCCCUUCACAACCGACUUGGUGAAUCGAGUUAAAAAGGCGAUCCGAACCGAGCUCAGCGCGCGCCAUGUGCCAGCUUUUGUUUUCGAGACUCCCGAGAUCCCGACCACGGUCAACCUAAAGAAAGUGGAGCUACCAGUGAAGCAAAUCGUCUCAGGCAAGCGGAUUCAAGCCUCUGGGACCCUCCUCAAUCCGGGAAGCUUGGAUUAUUACUAUCGAUUCGCCGAACGCCAAAGCAAGCUAUAG